ACAGGCACUAACAUGUCUGCAGUACAGAGGUGUUUCAUCGCGGUCUAUCUAAUGUCAUCUUGCUUUCUUGCAACCAAAUGUAAAUCACUAAGCAACGAGGAUGCCGCUGCUCAUCAGUUCGCAGAGUUAAAAGAAACAGUUACAAAUCUUCAGGGAAAGUAUGACAAAGCAAUGUCCAUUAUGACGGACAAGCUUCGCGGGCAAGAGGAGAAAGUCGCUGCAUUAAACGAUGAAUUACAAUUGUAUAAAGGCCUACACGUUGAUAGGCGUCAGGAAAUUGAAAGUGCAGAGGUUGCGUUUUUUGCCUACAUAAGCAAUGACGCGAACAAUAUAGGCAGCUACCAAGUGGUCGUCUUUGAUCACGUGAUCACCAAUAUCGACACGACAAACUCCGUCGGUGCCGGAUACAAUCGCGUUACCGGUACAUUCACCGCACCUGUUGACGGCAUGUACGUAUUCUCCAUGACGUUGUUAAGCCAAUACGACGACACCAGCACGCACUAUGCCUUCUACAAAGACAACACACCUCUCACCUCGAUCUACAUUCACGGAAACACCGGCGGCUCGCACACCUGGGACAUUGGAUCAGCGGACGCUGUCGUUUCGAUGACAGUUGGCCAGACCAUGUCCAUUCGACAUACUCACCCGACUGAAUCGCACGCGCUGGAAGGUGCUAACCACGGCGCCGGGCAGUCGAUGUUUUCAGGUUUUCUUCUCAGAGAGCACUUCGGCGGAGGAAAUAUUGUUGGUUAAAAUGAUCAACUAACUGAAAUAAAAUUCUAUAAACACCA